CAAUCAUUUCUACAACCAAAAAAGUGACUUCAGAAUUGAACAUAGUAUGCUGGAAGAAUUGGAAAAUAAAUUGAUUAACAGCCGGAAAACAGACAGAGUAAAAAUCCAGCAACAAUUGGCCAAAAUACACAACAAUGUAAAGAAACUUCAGCAUCAGUUAAAAGAUGUGAAGCCUACACCUGACUUUGUUGAAAAGCUCAGAGAAAUGAUGGAAGAAAUUGAAAAUGCAAUUAACACUUUUAAGGAAGAGCAGAGGUUGAUCUAUGAAGAGCUUAUUAAAGAAGAGAAAACAACUAAUAAUGAGUUGUGUGCCAUAUCAAGAAAAAUUGACACAUGGGCUUUGGAUAAUUCAGAAACAGAGAAGGCUUUCAGAGCAAUGUCGAGCAAAGUUCCUGUAGACAAAGUAACACCAAGUACUCUUCCAGAAGAAGUGGUAGAGUUUGAAAAAUUCCUUCAGCAAGCAGGAGGGCGACAAGGGGGCUGGGAUGAUUAUGAUCACCAGAACUUUGUAAAGGUGAGAAACAAGCAUAAAGGGAAGCCAGCAUUUAUGGGAGAAGUUCUUGAACACCUUCCUGGAAGAACACAGGAUGAAGUUCAACAGCAUGAGAAAUGGUAUCAAAAAUUUCUGGCCCUAGAAGAAAGGAAAAAAGAGUCUAUUCAGAAUUGGAAAACCAAAAAGCAGCAAAAAAAGGAGGAAAUUUUCAAGUUAAAGGAAAAAGCGGAGAACAUACCAAUGCUUUUUCAUAAUAAACAGGAAGAUAAUCAAAAGCAAAAAGAAGAACAAAGAAAGAAGCAGAAAUUGGCAGUUGAAGCUUGGAAAAAACAGAAAAGUAUAGAAAUGUCAAUGAAAUAUGCUUCCCAGUUAAAAGAAGAGGAAGAGAAGGAGAAAAAGCAGCAGAAAGAACGUCAACGCCAAUGUAAACUAAAAUUGCUGCUAGAAACUUAUACCCAGCAGAAGAAAGAACAGGAAGAAUUUGUGAGACUUGAAAAGGAGAUUAGGGAAAAGACAGAAAAGGCAGAAAAAAGAAAAACCGCUGCUGAUGAAAUUUCCAGGUUUCAAGAAAGAGUUGAAAACAACAUUAGUAGAGAUCCCUCUAGACUUUACAAACCUACCAAAGGUUGGGAAGAACGGACCAAAAAGAUAGGACCAACAGGCUCUGGGCCACUUCUACAUAUCCCACAUAGGGCUAUUCCAACCUGGAGACAAGGAGUUUAGAAAAGAAUAUGGGAUAAUGAAAUUGGCAUUCAGUUGAUGAGAACGUUAGCAUAUUCCGUUACAGGAGAGAGUGACUGUGUUCUUGAAAUAUUACUAGCCUAGUCAGAUUGAUUAUUGUGUUGCAUGUGAAUUGGCAGGUAUUAAGACAAUGCCAUGAGGCAUUGUCAUUAGUAUUUCCUGUUUAUACUAAGAGGGUAAUUAAUGUAUAAGU